UCUGUAUUAAAAUGGAGUAUACUUUCAUUAAAAAGGCCUUGUUAAUUAUGUUCCAUGUCAUCGGAAUCUAUUGUUCUGCUUCUCAACGUGUUAUAGAAAGAAUAAGAUACUUGGAAAAUAGAGUCAAUUCUGAAUCAAAGUUUAGAGAUGAAGACCACGCCGAUAUUAUUGGCAGACUAGAUGAAAUACAUAAAAGAUUGAAUGCGUCUCUUGAACAGAAAGUUGGCCUUGUUAACGUGGCUCAAAAAACGGAUGAAGAUGACUUGGAAAAUGUACAGCAUUUAAGGGAAGAUUUCACGCGACUCAGGACAGCGUUUAGGGAGGAAAAGUCUGAAACUGCGAGAAUCCGUAGAGAAAUUCCAAAGAUUGAAAACAAUUUGAUUUCAUUGAGACAAGAUAUGGACAAAUAUUGUAUGAUAAAUUUAAACAAGACGGAGCAACUGAUUUCGCGAGUUGAAAAAGUAGAUGAGUAUAUACAAACAACCUUACCCUGCAGAUUAAUGAGAUUAAUGAGGAACAGAAAGCUUUCCGUAAUGAGAUUAAUGACACGUCUAUUCUUGUAAGAGAAGAAUUCAGAAUGGUAGCAGCAGAAUCGGAAGAAAAUAUUCGAAGUAUUGUUGACAAUUCAAUUACACUAAAUAGUAAUACAAGAGAUGAAGUUGUGGAGCAAGUUAAAAUCAACACAAGAAAGAUUGAAAAUAUCGAAAUGUUAGUUACUAAACUAUCUAGUCGCCUCGGACAUUUGUUUGGAUACGAUUCUUGCUCCGAAGCAAAAAACGACGGGAUAUUACGAUCCGGUAUCUAUAAACUAUUGCCAGGACUCGAAGUUUAUUGUGACCAAACCACUGACGGAGGGGGUUGGACUGUGUUUCAUAGAAGAAAGAAUGGUGAGGUUGAUUUUUAUCGUAACUGGAAAGAGUAUAAAAACGGCUUUGGCGAUGUGAAUGGUGAAUUUUGGCUAGGAAAUGAGCAUCUGAGUAUUCUUACAGCAACAGGAGAUCAUGAGCUGAGAAUAGAUAUGGAAGAUUUUGAAGGAAAUCGCGCCUUUGCAAAGUAUAGUAAGUUUAAGAUAUAUCCAGAAGAAGACAAGUACAAACUAGAGGUGAGUGGAUACAGUGGAAAUGCCGGAGAUUCCCUAGAGUAUCACAGUGGAAUGGCGUUCUCAACAUUCGACAAUGACAAUGAUAAAUACCAGUCUAGAAACUGUGCAAAAGACGGGCAUGGUGCCUGGUGGUACAACAUUUGUCACUAUUCCCAUCUCAAUGGACAGUAUUUUAAUAUUCUUGGUAAAAUAGAUACCAGAGGAAUCACCUGGUGGCACUGGAAAGAAUCAUAUUACAGUUUGAAAAGUGUAGAAAUGAAAUUUCGUUAAACAAAUGAAAGAUGUUAAUUUCUAAUCUUAUUGUUCACUUAAACAAUCGUGAUGUUGAACUUAGAAAGACGUGUGAAUUUCACAUUUAAGACAAAUGUAUAUAUUAAAGUUGUGUGCUAAAUGGUGACGAUAUCUAAUUAGAUAUUUGCAAUUAAUAACAUGUUUAACUUUUAGUCUAUUAUAACUUGGAAAACAUUUUACCAUGUAUGUUUUAAAAUAAUACCUCUGCAACUUGAACGUGAAAUUAACAUAAUGUCUUUGUAUAGACGAGUACAUAUGCACAAAUAUGUGUAAAAAUACUAACUAUGGUCAGAAGAAAAUAAUUAAGUUAUAUUACAGUGCAACCUCUGCAGAGCAACACCCUUUGGGAAACGCAAAAAUUGACCUCUGUUGAGAGGUUGCUGCUCUACAGAGGUUAAAUUGAUAGUAAGAUUCAGCUAUGGGAAAUUUUUAUGAUGCUGUUGUGGAGAGGAUUUUGCUGUAGAGAGGGCCGCUCUGGAGAGGUUGCACUGUAUAUACUGUAAAACAAGGACGGGCACAUAGAAAUAAAACAUCAUAGGAAUGGUGAACAGUAAGUAGUCAAUCAAAUAGCAAUAAUACACCGUGAAAAAAAAAUCUGUUUUGGCGGUAACAAGGCUCUGCCGAGCUACUACUUAAACUCCUACAAGAGAGCCGGAUAUUUUCCUCUGCA